CACACCUGCCCAGCUGUGGUUGACAGGUGUGUGCUCCGCCAACACCUGGUGACUGAGACUGCAGGUGGAGUGUUAGUGUGUGGGGACGUGGUGGUGAGUGAGGGCUGAGUGACGAGUGAGUGUCACACACCAGGAGUGUACUCCAGUACUCCAGUACUCAGCCCACACCAUCCACCACCGUUUCUCCGCCAAGACCUCACUUUACUAAGGACCAAUGAGGUGGGUUCAGGCUGUGGCGUGCCUCCUAUUGGCCACCGCUGUACACAUGCACGCCAUGGACCCCAUACAGGAGUUCAUGAACCACGACCACUCACAGCACGGCCAAGUACACGAGCAAGGACAGGAACAACACGUACAAGGACAUGCAGACAGAGGCCGGCACGAGGAGCAGAGUGACCUGCACCUGACGGAGCACCUGGCGGAACACAUCAGGCAUCAGGCGCACCUCAACCUGGCGGCCAUGUCCACGACGGAGAAGCUGUUCCACCUCUUCCUCUCCCACGACUACGACAGCGACCACCUGCUGGACGGCAUCGAACUGAUCCAGUCCUUGGGCGACGGGGCCUCCUUACGUCUCCUCUCCGACGACGACCUCUCAAACAAGAUAGACUUUCUUCUUAACAACUUCGACGCCGACCAGGACGGCAAGCUGUCGUUCCCGGAGUACAUGAGGUCCGUGAUGGGCGCCGCCCCCCCUCCCCCCUGACCUGACCUGACCUGACCUAACCUAACCUAACCUGACCUAACCUAACCUGACCUAACCUAACCUGACCUAACCUAACCUGACCUAACCUAACCUGACCUAACCUAACCUUCAUCACCUCUUCCCCGGAAUGUGUGCCUAUUACUGUUAAUAUUGAAAUAAUAAUGUGUAUUUUGAGCGAGAGAGAGAGAUCAGUGGGAUGAUGUAUACAACAUUGUUUGAAUUUAUAAAUAAAUUAUCCUACUGGAA